AAAGCUCCAACCUUCCAAUCCAAGCUCCCAACUCUGAUAAAUUCAUAAUUUCUUAUGCGACGCUGGUUUUCACACAAAUUCAAGCUCGUUAACAUUUCGUUUCCGAAAAAAUCCUCUAAUUAUUAUCCAAGUACGAUCGCUGAUUGAAAUUCGCAGUACCUACCAAGGCGCUUCCACUUCUACUCGGCGACACAAUCAUCCCUUCGCCAAGAUGGUGCAAAUCAGCGAGGUCAAGGGCAACAACCGCGAGAAUCGCACAGCAGCCCAUACCCAUAUUAAAGGAUUGGGCCUGAAAUCUGAUGGCACAGCUGAGAAGCAAGCCGGUGGCUUUGUAGGCCAACAACAGGCUCGAGAGGCCGCCGGUGUCGUUGUCGAUCUAAUCCGCGCCCAGAAGAUGGCUGGACGAGGUGUAUUGCUUGCUGGAGGACCUGGAACCGGAAAGACGGCCCUCGCCCUCGCCCUCAGCCACGAACUCGGAACCAAGAUUCCCUUUUGCCCCAUCGUUGGCAGCGAGAUCUAUUCGACAGAGGUGAAGAAGACAGAAGUACUGAUGGAGAACUUCCGAAGGGCGAUCGGUUUGAAAGUGCGCGAGACAAAGGAGGUUUACGAGGGUGAAGUCACAGAACUUACCCCGGAAGAGGCCGAGAAUCCAUUAGGCGGAUACGGGAAGACUAUUAGUACACUUCUGAUAGGAUUGAAGAGCGCAAGAGGCCAGAAGAAGCUUCGACUAGACCCGAGCAUAUACGAGGCUAUCCAAAAGGAGAGAGUCACGGUCGGAGACGUCAUCUACAUCGAGGCGAAUACUGGUGCUUGUAAGCGAGUUGGACGAUCGGAUGCAUACGCUACCGAAUUUGAUCUCGAGGCGGAAGAAUAUGUCCCUAUUCCGAAGGGCGAGGUACACAAGAAGAAGGAAAUUGUACAAGAUGUCACACUUCACGACCUAGACGUUGCCAACGCCAGACCACAAGGCGGCCAAGAUAUCAUGAGCAUGAUGGGCCAGCUGAUGAAGCCCAAGAUGACGGAGAUUACGGAUAAGCUACGAGGAGAGAUUGACAAGGUUGUCAGCAAGUACAUCGACCAAGGUGUGGCCGAGCUUGUUCCUGGUGUCUUGUUCAUUGACGAGGCGCAUAUGCUUGAUAUUGAAUGCUUUACGUAUCUUAACCGAGCAUUGGAGUCUUCUAUUUCGCCAAUCGUUGUGCUUGCCUCCAACCGAGGUAUGUGUGCGAUACGUGGUACAGAUGGCGUUGUGGCUGCGCACGGAAUUCCGCCGGAUUUCCUCGCUCGAUUGCUCAUCAUCCCCACUACGCCGUACGACGCCGAAGAGAUCAAGAGAAUUGUACGCAUCCGAGCAACUACAGAGGGUGUACAGGUUACCGACGCCGCUAUCGACAAGAUCGCAGAGCAUGGCGUGCGCAUCAGUCUGCGAUAUUGUAUACAGUUAUUAACUCCAGCAAGCAUUCUUGCUCGAGUCAACGGUCGCAGCCAAAUUGACGUACAAGACGUUGCAGAAUGCGAGGAACUCUUCCUCGAUGCGCGCCGAAGUGCCGAUUUGUUGGCAGGUGAGACAGGGCGCGGAUUUAUUUCAUGAACGUGGUUAUGUCUUACAGACGGGAUGCCUUGAACCACAAAAACGGGACUGAUCGUAAUAAUCUAAUUUCGCAAGGCUGCGGCUCCAGAACC